CCUUGACGGAGACACCUAGGCAUUGCUGACAUAUCAAUAUUGUAACGUCGGAAUCGAACUUCUCCUUGUUACUCCCUGGACGACUUCGUUCUCUAUGGAAUUCCAAAUUCGGAUUGAUCGCACCAUGAUAACGUCCGAGCUAUCCUGCGGUGUUCUUCAAGUGGUGCACGCGAGGAUUGGUCAGCCGCAUGACGAAUUUCUCCCACAGCCUUGCGUCGAUGAUACCACAGCUUCGCCGUACAGCAUGGUUGGGAGACGGAGAAUAGUCGCCUCUCCACUUCGUAUUACAUCGGUCAAAACCGAAAUCCCGCUCGAGCAUGAAUCACAUCAUCGCUCUCCCGUUCAUAGCGCGAGGCUGAAACACUGCCCAGAGGCAUGCUCUACAUCAGCGCGACGACAGUCCCUUGACAAGUACCUCGUCAACAAGGCUUUCGUGCUUCGAGAGCACGACUUUUGCAUCGCAGGGAGCACGUCUCCAUUCUCGUCGUGCAUGGGACCCGAGGAAAUGGACUCCGCCUUCCGUAUCUCAAUACGUGAUCGGAUUUACGUGGGAAUUUCGGAUCUGCUUCCCAUUAUGGCGCCCCUCGUGUUGAUAUAUUGUGGUGCCGAUGAUCACUGGCGAGUGGAUUAGACGGCCAAGAGGUAAACUCGUUUGAACAAAUCCUGAAGGAUGUGAAUGUAUGCGAUGAGUGUAGACGUCGGAUCAUCAUCCGU